AUGCUGCAGCGGGCGCCGAGGACUGACGGGGAGGGCGGGGAGGGGCCACAGGACCGCCCCGGCGCGGCGCUGGAGCGGCAGGACCGCGGAUGGCCGCCCGGCCAGUCUGAGAGCGCGGCCGAGCGGGGCUGGACGGUGGUGACGAUGGUGCGACGGGUGGUGACGAUGGUGCGACGGGUGGUGCCGGUGGUGGUGCUGGUGGCAGCGCUCCUGUGCGGCGAGUCUGGAGCAGACGAGCCGUCUCUGCGUCCCCGGGAGGUGGUGGCCCUGCAGCAGACUCAGUUCGGCCUCCAGCUGUACUCGGUUCUGGCGAAGGACGACCAGUCGUCCAACAUUUUCUUCUCGCCGCUGAGUAUCGGCACGGCGCUGGCGAUGGUCUACGCCGGCAGUCGAGGGGACACCUCACAGCAGAUGGAAGAGGUCCUCGGCUUCCAGGGACGGCGGAAGACCGUGCUGCGCGGACACCGCGGCCUCGUGCGCUGGAUCCGGAGGCGACACAACAGUAGCGAUGUCACGGUGAAGGUCACGAACAGGGUGUACGCCUCCCCGACGCUGCGCCUUCGAGCCAGGUUCGCCGCACGUAUGAGACGCCUGUUCUACGCCAAGCUGAAGCAGCUGGAUUUUUCGCGAUCUGAGGAGGCCGCUGCUGUGGUCAAUGCCAAUGUGAAUGAGGACACUGCUGGACGUAUCACAGAACUGGUGGACCCCGGGACGCUGGACUCUGACACCGCCCUGCUGUUGGUGAACGCCGUCUACUUCAAGGGAGCCUGGCUGAUGGAGUUCGACACGAGCCUCACAGCCGAGGCUGACUUCCACGCGCUGUCCGGCACCAGGACCGUGCAGAUGAUGAAGGCCAAGAAGUAUUUCCCGGUCGGGUACUCCGGGUCGGUGGAUGCUCGCGUCCUGAAGCUGCCGUACAAGGGCGAGGCCAUUAGUAUGCUGAUUGUGCUGCCUAAUGAGAUGGACGGUAUCCAUCUGCUGGACGCUGAGAUACACAAGGCGAACAUGGAAGACCUCAUCUGGAGCCUGGACAGCAGCGAGGAGGUCGAAGUCCAGCUCCCCAGGUUCAAAAUGGAGGAGAAAAUCGAUUUGAAAGAGACGCUGAAAAAGAUGGGUCUGACGGACCUGUUUGACCUAAACGAGGCGAACCUGAGCGGCAUCAGCCGACAGAGGAUCUGCGUCAGUGAUGUGGUCCACAAAGCGGCCAUCGAGGUGACGGAGGAGGGCACCACCGCCACCGCGGCCACAGCCGUGGGCUUCAGUUUCCGCAUGUUGAGGCCAAAGCCGGAGCCUUUCAUCGUGGAUCGACCGUUCUUCUUCGUGCUGCGAGACGAGAAGACGGGCGCCUCUCUGUUCAUCGGCAGAGUCAUGGAGCCCUGAGAGAGAGCAGAUGAGAGGGAGAGAGAGAGAGAGAGAGAGAGAGAGAGAGAGAGAGAGAGGGGAGGGAAGGGAGAGGAGAGAGAACUAGCAGGGACUGAGAGCGAGGGCCACGAACAGACGACCAGGCAGCCCAGCGACCCUGCCUGUCAAUGCUGAACGAGACCAAGACUUGCAGCGGCAGUGAGCUGCUAAUAUUGUCUCCAGGGGUCAAUCUAUAACGUCUCCUGCGGCUGAGUGACGUCUGCUGAGAAAAGAUCGUCAGCAUACUCUGAGACGGAUGCACUGGAAUUGAUGAUUGCGCCACCAGUUUUGUUGAAGCGCACUACGCACCGACGUUCAAUGGUGAAGGUUAGUUUGUAAGGGGCACGGCGCUCCCAAGGUCCAAAACAAGGCAGAAAGUCACCGUGCCCUUUAAAAGUUAGCAUCACCGAACUGUUUUAAUAGAACACUCUGACGUGUGCCUUUGCACUGACCUCUGCACCCAGUUAUAUAAACGUUUCUGUGAAUAGUAUCUGCAUCCCCGAGCAUGGCCUAAGUUCUCUCAUUCAGUCAUGAUCACCACCUCAGACGCAUAACUUUUAAACCAGAUCGUAGACAUUUUAGCGUGAAAUUUCGCCAUAAGUUUGGUUAACAUUGCAAUCAGUUGCAUUUGUUUAUUAAUGAUUAUUUCGGAGGGUGAACCUGACGUAAUUAUUUGCUCCUGAGUGCCGUGUCAGCUUGUUCGUGAGGGUAGUUUGCAGGGUAACUAUAUUUUUACAAGAAACAAAAUAAUCAUGAUCGAUAUGUUGUACUUGCCUUAGUGUUAAAAAACUUAACAACAAUAAUGCCGACUCAUAGUUAUUUGUUGAGAUCAUCUUACAUAGAAGAGGGUUCAACAGGCAAAUGUUCUGUAACGUGUCGAAUCGAUUUGAUUGGUGAAAUAUUCUCGAAUAAAAUGAUUGAUGAACAUUGAUAAAUACGCCUAAUGUACCUAUGUCUUUUUGAAUAUAUGCACGGCGUUUUC